AUAUGUCAGAAAGGUUCAGCAUGUACAUAUCAGCAUGACAAGUCCAGAAUACGGAUUUGUCGCCAAUACUUACUCAACAGGUGUUACGACAAGAACUGUUUGUUCUCGCAUGACUGCAACGAACACAAUACACCCAUAUGUCGGUACUUUCUCGAAAAGAAGUGUACCAAUAGCCAGUGCUGGUUCCAGCACUGGAAACCCCCCUGUUAUGACAACCCAAACCACGAAGUGUGGGUGUGCCGGCCAUUUGUCAUCGGAGGCUGGUGUGGCAGGGGCAAGAAGUGCCCCCUUCUUCAUGUGUUCAACUGUCCGGACUUCGAGGAGGAUGGAACAUGUCCCAAGGGCAAGGCCUGUUCGUUGACCCAUCAGGUCACCAAAAGGCACCAAGACUUGAUGGUCACGCCCGCCAACAAGUACGUGGCUACAGAAGAGGAAGAGGUGCUUGUGGAAAGCGACAAUGAGGACGAGACCCCUUCCACUGUGACCAUCAACAGCUACACUGUGGACCCCGCUCUGCUCUUUGUGAGUCUGGACGAUAGCCGCUAUGAUGUGUAUGUGGAUACUUCAAAAGAACAGUCCCCAGCAUCCACCUCUACCUUCAACGAGAACUCGGCGUUCUUGAUAGUGGACGACUCCUCAAGCGAAAGCGACGACUUGGGCGACAACGCGGAU